UCCACACACAUUGUCUGCACUUUUCAAUGGAUUUGGUCUGCUAAAGAAAUAAGCUGUGUUGACAAUGUGGCUUGAGGAAAUCAUCUAACCUCACUGGAUUCCCAGAUGCAUCACAAGAAAUUGCUCCUCUAGCAAAUACACACGGGUUUCUGUAUGAAAUGUGGAUGCCUCACAUAGCUUUCCCAGAAUGCCAGUUUUGGCAAGUAAGAAACUACAAAGCUACUGUAAAUAAGCAUAUUUUUCAGCUGUCUGUACUUGACUUGGGUUUGCAAUUACAAGUGUUUCAGUCCUCACGUUUAUUUCUUUUCUUUGCAGUGGACUAACACAAAACAAAACGGCAGAGGAAAAAAAGCCAAAUCUGAUCAGUCCAUACAGAACUCCAAAAAUGUACAGUAUUGGACCAAGUUAUUGGCACCCGAUCAACAUUGGCAUAUUGUGACAAGCGACCACCACUUCUUCAGGAUAGUGUUGCAGAGAAAUGUGAGCCUUCUUCGAGGGACAGCGUCUCCAUGGCGACACCAGUACACAACUGGUCAGAGCAGGUUGCACAGAAUAUGCUGGCACCACCAUUAGCGUACCUGCACUAGUAUUAUCGACCGGUUGGCAUUUUCAGAAAGAAAAAAAAUGCACAGGAAGAAAGUAGUCAAAAUGAAAACGACAAAAAACGGAAAAGGUAAGAAGAGCGGAAAACGGGAGCCUAAAACAGACAAAGACUUGGACCUGGAUAAUGCCAAAACUAAUGUUGCCCGCCGGGAGUGAACUCGUCAGCAAGCUGGCACGCGCGGAGCAGGAAAUCCUUGAAGCCACCGACAAUUGGCUAAAACGGGAGGCCGCAAAAGACGAGGAGAUUAAUGUACUUCAUGACACACUCAAAAGUCAAGAGGCGCUAUCUCUUGAGCAGCAGAACAAACUGGUUGAACAUUACACACUUGAAAUCAGUGAGAUGAAGGUGCUGUUCAGAAAGCGAGCGGGUGAGUUUGAGACGAUACGGGAUGGAAUGAGGACGAUCGAGGAGUUCCAGACAAGAAAAGCUCAGAUGGAGCAGGAGCUCAGCGAUAUGAAAAAAAGCAUGCAGCUCGCCGAGAAGGAGCACAGGGAAAACCGCAACAUGAUGGAGUACAGGUUCUUCAAAGAAAAGGCUCGACUGGAGAAGGAUGCCGAGGAAAUGAUAGCACAGGUGGAGGAGCAAGCCCACCAUGAAGCUGUUUUACAGCUGGAUGACGCCUCGCGCUGCGUCUUCAAGGAGAACGUCCGUCUCAACGAGACACUGAAACACCACAUGAAGGAGGCAGAGGAGCUGCACAAAAUGGCAGACUCAUUGGCGAAGGAAAACACGUCCCUGGCGAUGGACAAGAAGACACUGAACAUACUGGCAAAGAAAAACACAGCUGAGUUGGUGGCCCAAAAAGAAGAGUUGACCCAUUUGAAAGAAAAGUUAGCUUCUCUGGAGCAGACUUUGGAACAUAAAAGAGAUGAACAAGAGCGUUUUGAGGAGAAGAUGCUGCUCAGCCGCCAGGCCGACAAGGCAGAGUUUGAGAAGCUUCAGAGUGUGCUCUCCAUGCGGGAGAAGGAACUAAAGCACAUCAAGAGGCUAGCUGGCGCCGUCAUGGAGCAGCGCUCUGAGCUGGAGCGCUUCUUCCACGAAGCUCUGGCUCAGGUGAAGGACGAAAUAGCGGCCGCUCGGCUUCAGUACAAAAAGGAGGCCCAGCAGGCAUAUCGCUGGACACUCAAACAGGCCACAGCAGGAAGGAUCAAAUUCCCGCCCAUCCGCACCUUCCAGAACACUCCAGAUAGCGCCGACUCGGUCUGCUCUGACAUGGAGAAGGCCACACGGUGGUAUGUCAUCAUCCUAUUGCUUCUGCGUGAUGAUUCUUCAUCAGGCAACUUCACUUCUUUUUUCAGGAUCCAUCAACCGGGGGAUAAAGUGGAAUUUUCAGAUCUCACUUGGGAGCAAAAGGAACACGUUCUCCGUCUCCUGUUUGCUAAAAUGAAUAGACAAAGGCCGAGGAGAGCCAACAAUCCGGUGGUGUCCUCAUCUGACAGUCAUGUUGCUGGAGAGGAGCCCUGCGCCCUGUCAACUUUCAUUACUCAGGCGCCUAACUCCCUUGGACCCACCAACACCAACUGCUUGGAGGAGAGACACACCACAUGAUCUUGACGUGGCCUUCUAGUCCAUCAUUAAGCUUUUGAUUUGUUGUCUCUCACUUGCAGGUCUACCGCAUUGUUAAUGCUAUUGUAAGGCAAGGUUGGUUCUCCCUUGCAAUAUUUUCAUCCCUUAUUAAAUUAAGAGUUGGACACGCCGUGUUAAAUCUUUCAUUUAGCAGGACCGUUUGCUCUGUAUUCUGUGCUUCUGAGUUGGUAACAUGAGUUUGAGGAAAAGCCUUUUU